AUGGGUGUGAAUGUGAAGUCGUUCACGUCGGCCUUCCUGUUCUCCAUCGAGGUUCAGGUGACCAUCGGCUUCGGCGGACGCAUGAUAACGGAACAAUGUCCGACCGCCAUCACCGUCCUCAUCCUGCAGAACAUCGUCGGCCUCAUCAUCAACGCCGUCAUGCUGGGUUGUAUCUUCAUGAAGACGGCUCAGUCCAACCGUCGAGCGGAGACGUUGAUCUUCAGCCGUCACGCGGUGAUCGCCGUUAGGAACAACCGUCUGUGCUUCAUGAUUCGUAUCGGAGAUCUGAGGAAGAGUAUGAUCAUCGGAGCCACCGUCAGAUUACAGGUGGUGAGAAAGACGACGACACCGGAGGGCGAGGUGAUCCCCAUCCAUCAGAUCGACGUCCAGACUGAGAGCGCCAUCGCCAGUAACAGUCUGUUCCUCCUCGCUCCGCUCAUCAUCUGCCACAUCAUCGACAAAACCAGUCCGCUGUACGAUCUCUCCGCCAUGGAGCUGCAGUGCAGCGACCUGGAGGUGAUCGUCAUCCUGGAAGGCGUGGUGGAGACGACGGGCAUCACCACGCAGGCCCGGACCUCCUACGUCUCCGAGGAGAUCCAGUGGGGUCACCGCUUCGUUCCCAUAGUAACGGAGGAGGAGGGCGUGUACUCUGUGGACUACUCCAAGUUUGGAAACACAGUCAAGGUAACGACGCCUCGCUGCAGCGCCAGAGAACUGGACGAGAAGCCUUCGAUCUUAAUCCAAACGCUGCAGAAGAGCGAGCUGUCGCACCAGAACUCGCUGAGGAAGCGUAACUCCAUGCGACGCAACAACUCCAUCCGUAAAGGCGCCGGAAGCAGCGGGAGCCUCCGCAGGAACAACUCGGGCCUCGCCUCACCCAAAGUCCAGUUCUUCACCCCCGGAGACAGCAGCCAAACCCUGAACGCCGUCACCUGACAUGAGGCCUUGGUCCUGCUGGCCGCCCUGGUCCUCCUGGUGGGACGGAGGGUGGCGGGCGUUGGAGUGUCUCCUGCCCUGAUGAUGGGACUCGUUCUCUUUCCGUUCCCCGCCUUCUCUCGACUUCUCUCCCCACACUUUUAUUUUGCUGAUGUCGCUUCACAUGUGGAGUGACGCGUUUUCUUCUUAUUCAGAUUGAACUGCUCGAAUCACUGACAUGCUGCAGUCUAGCACUGAUAUCGCCACCGAGAGACCAGACAUGCCACAGUUUGACCUCUUUGUGUCUCCACGGAUGCAUUAUUAUUUGGU